UCCAGGGCGGGGGCAGCUACGUAUGUUGUCAUAGUGACCGUUUCAAGUUAACCGGUUUGGGGCCUCCAUCCGGGUGUCUGGAGCAGCACUUCAGCCAGUCCCGGGAAGGUCCCCCUCCCCCCACGCCAGCCCAGGGCUCAGCGGGGCAGCCGGAUCCGAUCUCGGAGAGCGCGGGCGGGGCGUCUGGGCCCAGAGCUGCCCCUCCCCUGGGGUUCGCGGGGUGGGGGCCAUGGCGGCAGAAGAAGAUGAGGAGGUGGAGUGGGUCGUGGAGAGCAUCGCGGGCUUCCUUCGCGGCCCUGACUGGUCCAUCCCCAUCUUGGACUUUCUGGAACAAAAGUGUGAAGUUUUUGAUGAUGAAGAAGAAAGCAAGUUGACAUAUACAGAAAUUCAUCAGGAGUACAAAGAACUGGUUGAAAAACUGUUAGAAAGUUAUCUAAAAGAAAUUGGAAUUAAUGAAGAUCAAUUUCAAGAAGCAUGUACUUCUCCUCUUGCAAAGUCCCGGACAUCACAGGCCAUCUUGCAACCUGUGUUGGCAGCUGAAGAUUUCAGUAUAUUUAAAGCAAUGAUGGUCCAGAAAAAUAUAGAAAUGCAGCUGCAAGCAAUUCGAAUAAUUCAGGAGAGAAAUGGUGUAUUACCUGACUGUUUAACAGAUGGUUCUGAUAUGGUCAGUGAACUUGAACAAGAAGAAAUGAAAAUCCUGAGGGAAGUUCUUAGAAAAUCAAAAGAAGAAUAUGAGCAAGAAGAAGAAAGAAAGAGAAAUAAACAGUUUUCAGAUUAUAAAAGAGAAGAUCCCUCAGGAGAUUCACAUGAAGCUGCAAAAAUGAAAAAAUCUCUAGGGGAUGAUCCAAAUUUUGCUCUAAAAUCUUCAGAGGGAAAAGUCCAUUUUGGUGGGAAAUCACAGCCUUUGGGAAGAAAUUUGGAAACAUUGCCUGAAACUUCCUCUCCCAAACUGAGGGAAGAGACUAUGACAGCAAGCUUAGAACAGGCGAUUAAAGAAGGAGGACCAUUAUCAAAUUUAUCAGCACUUGGAAGAGAACAGCUCCGGCAACGAGAAGACUAUUUAAAGCAGAAGAGAGAUAAACUGAUGUCUAUGAAAAAGGAUCCAAGGAUCAAACAGAUACACAAUAUAGAACAGCAGAAAGGAAAAUCUGCUGAGGAGGAAAUUGCAGAGAAACCAGAAAUGACAGCAGAGGAGAAGCAAACACUACUAAAGAGGAGAUUGAUUGCAGAGAAGCUUAAAGAAGAAGUUAUUAAUAAGUGACAAUUUUAAGAAACUUAAUUUAGUAAAACAGAAGUUUGAAUUUCUUUAAAAUAAAUUAUUAAAUCCUUAAA